AUGGAAUCAAGGGCAAUACUUGCCACUGGCUUUGGACCGAGGAAGUGUGCAAAGAUAGGGCAGCCCCUCAAGGAUCAGAUUAGUCGGCUUCCAGAUGAAAUUCUUGUUUAUAUUCUGUCUUGCCUAACGCUAAAAGAAGCUGCCAGAACAAGUGUUCUUUCAAAGCGUUGGAUAGAUCUAUGGAGGUCCAUGGCUUGCCUUGAUUUUGAUGCUUCAAAAGUGCUAAAGAAGAUGUUCUCAAUAUCCAGCUGGGGAAGGUAUGCGGACUUUGUUAGAAAGGAAAGGUGUAAGUAUGUUGAAUGGGUUGACAAGGUGCUGCUUCAAUCAGACAAGUCCUUGGCAUUAGAUGAUUUGAGAGUUGCUUUUUGUUUGGACAAUUUUUAUGGAGACAAGAUUCAUAAAUGGCUUCAGCAUGCAUUUGCAAGGAGAGUGCAAAGGCUAGAAUUGAACCUGUUUGCAGAUGAUGACCCGCCUUCUUCUCAAGAAUCAUAUACUUUUCAUUAUGAACUUUUUUGCCUUAGCAGUGGUCAAUCUCAACCUGGUUACUCUGAAAUCCAUCAUCAUGCACAGAUUGGCUUCAAGUCCCUUAGAGCAUUGAGUUUGAAAAGUCUGAAUGUAACUGGGGAGGUACUGGAAUUCUUCUUGAUCAAUUGUCCAUUUCUUGAGCGCCUGGUAGUGGAGGCCUCUUCAGUUUUGAUCAACCUUCGAGUUUGUGGUCCAUCUAUUGCCUUGAAAUAUCUGGAGGUAUGCUGCUGUUUGAUGUUGCAAUCCAUUAUUGUCAGCGACACAAAUUUAGUCUCCCUUAAAACUACCGAAGCACACCAUCUUGUACUUCAGAACGUCCCCAUGCUUGUGAAUGUAUGGGUUUCUGGGAAUUCCCGUAACUUGGUCAGGGAUGUUACUUCUUGGCUUUCUUGCUGCUUGUCAAAACUAGAGGUUCUUACUUUACGUGCCAACAAGUUUCAAGUUUCACAGGAAAAAGGAAUUGUUCAUGAGCUUCCUCAACUUACUAAUCUGAAGGAGUUCGUCUUAAUAGCUUCUGCAUCAAAAGAUCACAGUUUGAUUGGAUUUACUUCUUUGAUCAGGGCUUCGCCCAACUUGGAGAAGUUUGUGCUGAAGCUGGAAUCGUGGUGGGAUGAUAUGGUCAGGCGAGAUAGAAAGUUGAAGAAAGCUGCUAGCUUUCCGCUCCAACAUCUGAAAGUG